AUGGCUUCAUUUCCACUAUGUCCUGAUUUGAGCAUUGUGAUGAUUGGGAAAACUGGUGUGGGUAAGAGCGCUGUUGGAAACACCAUCCUGGGAAAAACAAAUUUCAGCUCUUGUCCCUUACUGGGGUCAGUGACCGAGGUCUGUGAAAAAGGUGUGGCACAGAUGGGUAACAGGUCAGUUAGUGUUGUAGACACACCAGGGAUCAUGGACGUUGCGAAUUCAGAUGAGUUCAUCAAAAAAGAAAUCAAGAAAUGUGUUGAAGACUCCUCUCCCGGUCCUCAUGUGUUCCUGUUGGUCUUCCAAGUGGGUCGAUUCACUAAGGAGGAGAAAAACUCAGUGAAAGCCCUGCAGGAGCUGUUUGGCCCAGAGAUAAACCAGCACAUGAUUGUGCUGUUCACCCGUGGCGGCGAUCUUGAAGACAUGACCAUAGAGGAGUAUGUAAAUGAAGCUGAUCUUGGACUUCAGCACAUCAUUGAAAGCUGUGGAAACAGGUUCCACGUCUUUGACAACACCAGCAGUGACAGAAAGCAGGUGGAGCAGCUGGUCAAGAAGAUUGAUGACAUGGUGGCAGCAAAUGGAGGCAUACGCUACACAAACGCCAUGUAUAGACAGGUGGAGGAAGCACACAGGGGCGGCCCGGAGGCUGACGGCCCAAGAGCCCAGAAAACAAUUCAGGAGGCCGGGGAGGCGGGAAGCACCGGCGGCGACGGAACAGAUCAGGAGGGUGGCCGGGCAGGAGGCACCGGCGGCGACGUAGUUCAGGGGGCCAUCCAUGAUGGCGGCGUAGUUCAGGGAGCUGUCCAUGAUGGCAACGACGUCCAGUCAUCGGCCGAACAGGACAUGCAGGACGAGCAGGCCGGACAGGACGUGCUGGCCGGACCGGACAUGCAGGACGAACAGGACCAGACGGCAUGGGGACCUCAGGCGCAGACGAAGCUAGACGGAGCAAGGGAGGACCAGGCGACACCGAAGGCGAAGACACGGAGGCAGGACCAG